AUGGACAGAGUAUCAUUAUCGCCACGAUCUUAUAACAGAAAUGAUACUCUGAUUAGACAAAUAGAUACAGACUUCGAUUUCGAACCAAAAAGCGCUCGACUUCAGGAUACUCCUUAUCUUCAACCAGUUUUUCCGCCAAAAAAUCCUGUGAACGCAGUAUCAAAUCCAAGAUCUCGAUCAAUGAAAAAAGAUCCUAAUAUAAACACAAAAAUUCAAAAUUAUGAAUCGAGAAGAUCUUAUAGAUUUGCAAAUGAACGCGCAAGAGAUAUACCAUACGUUCCUCCAGAGUAUUCAGGAACAUAUGUAGAAACAACUCGAGAGUUAACUAAAAAAGAAAAAGAAUUUAAUAGAAAAUUAAUUCAAAAAUAUACCAGAAAAUCGAAAUUACCUCCUUAUCACACGAGUAUGAUUGGGGCAUAUAAAAAAGUUGUGUUGGGUCGGAAAUCUGAAAGAGUUCUCCAAGAAACUAAUGACUACCAAACCACAGAGAUAUACAAGAGAAGACGAUGCAAUAAGCUUUAUGAAGAGAAUAUGCGAUUCCAUUCCGAUCAAAUGCAGAGGACUGGUGUUAAGGAACCAAAAUAUAAUUUUUGA